UUCAACUGUGACGACACACCGGUUUAUUACCAGCACGCACCGCACAGCAGCCAUCGUCUCGAAGUUCGGAGCAAGAUGGCGGAUAGACCAGUGGCCCUGGCUGAGAAAAGGCUUUUGGAUGUCAAGCUUGGGCAACUGCCAUCAUGGCUUGGAACAAGAGACUUCACUCCAAAUGGACUUAUUGGUGGAGUUCGUGGAGGAUAUGAGAGAUAUUACAACAAAUACAUCAACGUGAAGAGAGGUAGUAUUGGUGGUGUUGCCAUGUUCCUUGCUGGUUACGUCGCCCUGAGUUAUCUUUGGGAAUAUGAUCACAUCAAGCAUGACAGGUGGAGGAAGUACCACUGAAACCCAAUGGACCAGCAGAUCACCCUUUCGUCUGCAGCCGUGUGAUCGCCACACCUCUCAGCUUUCUCUGUUUGUGAUUGUUGUGACCAAGAAUAAAAUUACAUUUAUUUAA